AGCGUGUUGCACGCGGCAAAUCAUUUGAAAUGCCAAUUAUAGAACAUUCGUUGGACCAAUAAUAAACAUGUAUCACCGUGACAAGUUAAGACUUAAGAGCAAAGGCCAAAGUGAGAUUCUGUGUGGAGUGUGCAUAUGCCAUGGGGCGUGGGGUCUUUGGUUUUUAUUGAUAAGGGCCAUAUUCGUUGUAUUAUUAUAGCACAGUAACAGGGCCUACCAUUUCUUUGAGAUGGCCCUGGUUAAGACUUAAGUGUCUUACAUUUUGUUUGCCAACGAAUGCUCCAUUGUUUCAAAAAAGUUUUCUUUUUUCCUCUGUUUCUAAGAAAAAAUGGGAAGCUUGAGUACGAUUUUAAGACACCCGGAUGAGUUAUAUCCGCUUUUGAAGUUGAAAAUUGCAAUAAACAAAGCUCAGAAGCAGAUCCCACUUGAGCCAAACUUAGCUUUCUGUUAUACAAUGCUCCACAAAGUUUCUAAAAGCUUUUCUCUUGUUAUUCAACAACUUGGCACUGAGCUUCGUAACGCAGUGUGUGUGUUCUACUUGAUUCUCCGAGCUCUUGAUACCGUUGAGGAUGACACAAGCGUAGCAGUGGAGAUCAAACUUCCAAUUCUGAUAGCUUUCCACCGUCACAUAUACGAUGGUGACUGGCAUUUUUCAUGUGGUACGAAAGAGUACAAGGUUCUGAUGGACCAGUUUCACCAUGUUUCUGCAGCUUUUCUGGAACUUGAAAAAGGGUAUCAAGAGGCUAUUGAAGAUAUAACUAAAAGAAUGGGUGAAGGAAUGGCCAAGUUCAUUUGUAAAGAGGUAGAAACAGUUGAUGACUAUGAUGAAUACUGCCAUUAUGCUGCUGGACUUGUGGGUUUAGGUUUGUCAAAAAUCUUCAUGGCUUCAGAAUUAGAAAUGCUGACUCCAGACUGGAAGCACAAUUCAAAUUCUACAGGUUUAUUUCUCCAGAAAACAAACAUUAUCAAAGAUUAUCUUGAAGACAUUAAUGAGAUACCAAAAUCGCGCAUGUUUUGGCCUCGUGAGAUUUGGGGAAAAUAUGUUGACAAGCUUGAGGACUUCAAAAAUGAGGAGAAUGCAACAAAAGCAGUGCAGUGUCUGAAUGAAAUGGUCACUAAUGCAUUGAUUCACGUUGAAGAUUGUUUGAAAUCCUUGGCUUCAUUGCGUGACCCUGCAAUAUUUCAAUCUUGUGCCAUCCCUCAGAUCGUGGCUAUUGGAACACUAGCAUUAUGCUAUAACAAUGUACAAGUCUUUAGAGGCGUCGUGAGAUUGAGGCGAGGGCUAAUAGCUAAAAUCAUUGAUCGCACAAAGACAAUGGAUGAUGUCUAUGGUGUGUUCUGUGAUUUUUCUUGCAUGCUACAAUCAAAGGUUGACAAGAACGAUCCAAAUGCGGUGAUAACAUUAAACCGACUCGAAACCAUUAAGAAAGUUUGCAGAGAUAAUGGAGUCCUUCACAAAAGAAAAACUUAUGUUAAAGAUGAAGCACAAUCCAAGGAUGUCUUUAUUAUAAUGCUUGUGCUUCUACUGGCCAUAGUCGUUAUGUAUCUCAAAGCAAAUCAUUGUAAGUAGUGACUCUGAUGAUUGUGUCACUUCAAGAUCUUGAAGUCAUAGCUUCUUUGAAUGUUUGAUCAAGAUUGUUUCCUUACGGCUGCGUUUAGAAAGUGAGCGAAACAGAAUGCAAAACACUGUAGUACUGAUGUAAGAAAGGGUGCACGGUUUUGAUUAAUCAUUUUUAUGAAGUUAUAAGUUCUUCCAUCAUCACUAUAAUGUACAACACCA